GGCAAUCUGUCAGCGGAGCCGGCCGGGGGGGAGUCGCCCGGCCCGCCGGGGCUCGGGUUACCAGUGACUGACAGUGUCUCCAUGGCGAAUAAUUUGACUCCGACUAUUGUCUGGCGCGGGCAGGCCCCGGGUCAGAUAACCAGACCAAUCAGGGCGCGGGCCGCCGCGCCUCAUGCCCGCUUAGAAUAAUAUUAUUAAAAAAGCAGCAAGCGAGCUAGACGGGAGGGAGAGCGAGCGAGAGGCGAGCGAGGGAACGGCGGGCAGGCGCGGAGCAUGCAGAGCGGCGCCCCGGGCGGCCCCCGGGUUUGGACGAGGGCGCAGACGAGGCGCGCAAGCGCCGGGGGCUCGAAGCGGCGCGGGACCCGUGACUGGCGCGGGGACUUACUGCAGUGACUCGGAGUUCAUCAGGAGUCCGUGCCGGGCCAGGGGGCCCGCCCCUGCCGCCUUUCGGCCCGGACGGCCCGGCGGAGAGGCGCCCAUGCCGUACCGCGCAGCGCGGUGAGGGGCGCGCGGGCGGGCGGGGGCGCAGCCGGCACCAUGUCCAUGCUGCCCACCUUCGGCUUCACACAGGAGCAAGUGGCGUGCGUGUGCGAGGUGCUGCAGCAGGGCGGCAACAUCGAACGGCUGGGCCGCUUCCUGUGGUCGCUGCCCGCCUGCGAGCACCUCCACAAGAAUGAAAGCGUACUCAAAGCCAAGGCGGUGGUGGCCUUCCACCGCGGCAACUUCCGAGAGCUCUACAAGAUCCUGGAGAGCCACCAGUUCUCGCCGCACAACCACGCCAAGUUGCAGCAGCUGUGGCUCAAGGCGCACUACAUCGAGGCGGAGAAGCUGCGAGGCCGGCCUCUGGGCGCUGUGGGCAAAUACCGCGUGCGCCGCAAGUUUCCGUUGCCGCGCUCCAUCUGGGACGGCGAGGAGACCAGCUAUUGCUUCAAGGAAAAGAGUCGCAGCGUGCUGCGCGAGUGGUACGCGCACAACCCCUACCCCUCACCCCGCGAGAAGCGCGAACUGGCAGAGGCCACCGGCCUCACCACCACGCAGGUCAGCAACUGGUUCAAGAACCGGCGGCAGCGCGAUCGGGCAGCCGAGGCCAAGGAAAGGUACGAAGAGAACAGCGAGAACUCCAACUCCAACAGCCACAACCCGCUGGCUGCAUCGUUGAAUGGCAGUGGCAAGUCGGUGCUAGGCAGCUCGGAGGAUGAGAAGACGCCUUCCGGGACGCCAGACCACUCAUCGUCCAGCCCCGCACUCCUGCUCAGCCCGCCACCGCCACCCGGGCUGCCUUCCCUGCACAGCCUGGGCCACCCUCCCGGCCCUAGCGCCGUGCCAGUGCCCGUGCCUGGUGCUGGUGGCGCAGACCCACUGCAGCACCAUCACGGCUUGCAGGACUCCAUCCUCAAUCCCAUGUCUGCCAACCUCGUGGACCUGGGCUCCUAGAGCCCCACCUGCCUCGAAGCGCUCGCUUGCCUUCUGGGCUUGGCACUGGGGAUCUAAAAGACGGUGUCGGGAGGGUGCCCUGUGCCAGUGACCCCACCAGGUACUGAAAGACCCCCACGCUGAGCAGGUAGAAGCGCCUGUCCCCACAGGGUGAAUGGCUAUUCGGUUUGGUCUUGUCCGGGAUAUAUUUUCAACAAGUUGCUUUGGAGAUCUUUUGGAGGCCUAGACUGCGCCUUGAACCAGGGAAGAGAAUAAAUUAUACACCAAUCUCAUACUUUCGCUCCCUACCUUCUCAUCCCGCGUCUUCUCUCCUCUCUUUGCUCCCCUUGCCUUGUCUUCCCAUCACUUUCUUGCUCUUUUUUCCCCUUCUUUUCCAUUCCUUCUCUUCUCUCUUUUCUUUCUCUUCGUGCUUUCCCCCUCUUAAUCUCUGUGUCCCUCUGUGUUUCUGGCUUGUAACCUCUAUCACUGUGUUUUCCAUUUCUCCUCUCUGCCAGCCUCUUGCACUCCUGGCCCCUUGGUCUGUACCCCUGCCUGGCGGUCUAUUUGCCAGUCACCCAAUCCCUCAUUUUGCUGGGGUAGCGGGUGGGAGAGGAAAUAGUGAAGGGAAGACAAGGCCUUUGAAACCAGACCUUGUCCUGAGGCCCUUCCCCAGGGCUCAGCAGGGGCUGCAGGUGUCAGCUUUGCACCUGGUAAAUUACUAGAAAAAGAGAGAAGAAUCGGCUCAGAAGCCCCUAAUUGCCUUCUUGCUGCUUGCCCCUCUCUUAGUGAGGUCCCACCAUACUCUCUCUUCCUCCAGGGACUGUGGUCAUAGUGCUCCCGGCAGAGCAUGUCUCCCGCCCGGACUUGCCGUCUCCCUGUAAUGCCCUCAUGUGAAUGUUCUUGGGGAAAUAUUUCUGCUUUUAUUUUAUAAUAAAAUUAGAAAUCAUAAAUACA